AUGUCAAACACUGAGAACACGAAGAAGGUGUACACCCUCAACACCGGUGACAAGAUUCCCGCCAUUGGUCUUGGUACAUGGCAAUCCAAGCCCAAUGAGGUCAGGGAGGCUGUCAAGAACGCUUUGCUGAAGGGCUACCGUCAUAUUGAUACCGCCCUCGCAUACGGCAACGAAGCUGAGGUCGGACAAGGUAUCCGUGAUUCUGGCGUUCCUCGUAGCGAGAUCUGGAUCACUACCAAGCUCGAUAACACAUGGCACCACCGGGUCACCGACGGCAUUGAGAGCUCUCUGAAGGAUCUCGGCGUCGACUAUGUUGAUCUAUACCUCGUCCACUGGCCCAGCUCGACCGACCCCAAUGAUAAGAAGAAGCACCUUCCUGACUGGAACUUCAUCAAGACAUGGCAAGAGGUGCAGAAGCUCCCAGCCACCGGCAAGGUCCGCAACAUCGGUGUCUCGAACUUCGGCAUUAAGAACCUUGAGAUCCUCCUGAACGAUCCCAGCACCAAGAUCGUCCCGGCUGUCAACCAGAUCGAAUUGCACCCCAACAACCCAUCGCCCAAGCUCGUCGCUUACAACACAUCCAAGGGUAUCCACUCUACCGGCUACUCCUGCCUGGGAUCCACCAACUCCCCUCUCUACAGUGACCCUACGCUCCUGAAGCUGGCUGAGAAGAAGGGCAAAACACCCCAGCAGGUACUGCUUGUGUGGGGUCUCCAGAAGGGCUGGAGUGUUAUCCCCAAGUCUGUCAGCAAGUCCCGCAUUGAUGCCAACUUCGAGAUCGAUGGCUGGAGCCUGACCGACGAGGAGGUUAAGCAAUUGGACAACCUCAAGGACCGCUUCAAGGUCUGCGGUGACGAUUGGCUCCCAAUCAAGGUCUUCUUUGGUGAUGACGAGUAA